AUUAAUUUAUUUAUAUAAAAAUUAUCUGUAACCUCUUCAUAAAAAAAAACAUCAAAAAUUAAAUGUGAACCAUAAUGAUUAUGAAGCCAGUAUUUAUCCUACUAUUAAAUCUAUUGCAAUUGAUAAAAUUCCGGGAUGUUGAACUCAGUACCAAAGCAAAUAGUCCUGACACUCCAAUCUUCGCCUCCAUUUCUUCUUGAAAUUGUCCUUGCAAUUACAAUAGCUUUACUAUUGGCAAUUCCUUUGGUCACCAGACUUCAAUAUUUCCUUGGUUAUACAGAAGAACCUUUGAUAUCCUUCAACUUUUUAAAUCCCCGGCGCCGUCAAAUAUCUUCUUCAACAUCAGGCUCCAAUGAAAGUCUUACCCUCUUUCCAGUCCGCCACGUGAAUUCCUCCCCGAAUUUCAAAAAUUCCUACCUCACUGAAAGUGAUAUUAUAAAUGGCAGCCCCUUCACCAUGGACAUAAGUUCUUCUUACAACCAUAACACGGAGUACCCUUUCUCCGUGGCCUACGAUUAUGGGUACUACCGCCAUAAGUUAAUAGAAAGUAACCUAAAGCGGCACUACGGAAGCCAACCCCCAGGUAAUGUCGUCCUAAAUUCCCUUCAUCUCAGUUCCAUCGACUCCGCAACAGGUCUUAGGCUCAGCGAAAAAUACAACCACAGUAUCUUCGAGCUAGCUCCCAAUUCCGACCACAAUCAGGAGCGCGACCAACUGAUCACCCUCAUCCACCCUCGGGACCAUUUUUUAAGAAAGGGCAGCCGAAGGUACGAGUCUGCCGACAAGUCUACGGAGACUUUGUUUAUUAGCAAUGUUAGUCACAAUUUUAAGGAAGAAGAAGAAAUCGAGUUGAAGGAAAAAAUAACUUCUUUACCCCGAAGAAAAACUAGGAUUAAAAAGGACAAGUCUUCUAGUGAUAAUGUUAAAAUAUUUAAGGUAAAAAUUGACUCUUUUGAUAAUUCUCGGCCGGUAAGUCCUUUUAAGAACAGAGAAAUUUACGAAAUUCCGGAAGUUAAGAGCGAAAUUACGGAAAAGGGGACAGAAAUUUAUGAUCCAAAUUUAGAGUCUAAAAUUUUGGAUAAGAAAGAAGAAAUUUGUAAAAAUGAAAUUAUUAAAUCAAGACCCGGAAGUCCGGUUAAGAAAAUAAAGGAAAGAAAAUCUAAGAUUAAAAUGAAUUUAAAGGUUAAGGAGAAAUUGAGUGAGGUUAGGGAUAUAAAGUACGAUUCGUUGAUAAUUGAUGAUAAAAAUAAAGAAGGAGAAAAUUUGAAGCCGGAAGAAGAAAUAGAAGUUAAUAAAAAAAUAAGUUCUGCGACUGUUGAGUUAAAUUCGCCGAAAAAUAAUUUUAUAGAGGAAAAUAUUGUUGAUAAAAAUAUUUUAAGCAAAGAUAAAUUAUGCGGAGAAAGUGAAAAUUUGGAUUGUAAAUUUAAAGAAGAAAUAAAAGCCGAGGCGGAAAAAUGUCUGGCGAAAAUGAGCGACGUGGUUUCAAAAAGUUACGGGAGUUCCAGGGGAGAAGCUUUAAAGGUUGAAAAGCAAUCGCGACCCAACACAUCCAGCGGAGUACUUUCAAGAGCUUUCAAGCAUUUGUCGCCGAAGGUAAACUCCAGACCGCGAUCUUCUGGAGGCGGGUUCGCGUGGGAAGUUCCAGAUAUCUCGGGGAAAGUUUGGUCGGAUGAUAAUGAGGAGAAGAUAAACAGAAGCAAGGAUGAAAGUAAGAAACCAGGGACUCCCACGGGGUUGAAGAGACCCAGGUCGGCGAACCCACAGUUCUUUAGGAAGAAAUCGGACCCGGUUUUACCCGUACUAGAGAGUAUUAUUGAUCUGACUUAUGAUGUUCCUGUGGAUUUGCUGGAUGAAGAGUGUUUAGUUGGGGGGAAAGAAGACCAAAAUCGGCCAUUGGAACUUAAGCAUCCGGGCUUUGGUGAAAAUCAAUCGGAUUCUGGCAGUGGGUCUAGGGAUAAGAAGGGCAAGAGCAAGAUUAAAGGAGGGAAGAAAGGGAAGAGUGAGAAAAUUUGUCAAGGUCCUCAAGAUAGUUUGCUUCAGAAGAAACCUUUUUUAAGGUCCAGGUCUGGGAGGUACUCUGUGUUGAAAGUUACUAAAUUUAAGAGUAAAAAGUAGAAGCUUUUGGAAUUUUUAUUAAUAAAGUAAUUUUUAAAAUUGU